ACAGUGCGCACGCAGGCAGGCAAGCAGCAGGAUGUGCUUCCUCUGAAGAGCUCUCCCCUGCUGCACCACUACAGACUGCUACGACCGAAGAAGAAAGCGUCUUGAUUUUUACCUCUUCAGUGAGUACCGAACAUGGAUAGUUUCCAAACAAUCCUGAAAUUCUUUAUGAACCGGAAAACUGCUAUAGGUUACAGUUUUAUGGCGCUGCUGACAAUGGGAGGUGAACGUGUGUUUUCUCUUGUUGCUUUCAGAUGCCCCUGCAGCAAUGAAAACUUGAGGUACGGUUUGGUAUUUCUCUUCUCCCCAGCUUUUGUUUUGCUAGUUAUUGGGUAUUUCUUGAACAGCAAGACCUGGAAACUCUUUACAGGCUGCUGGGUGAAUCCUAGAAAAAUAUUCCCCAGAGGGAAUAACUGCCAUUUCUUUUACAUCUUUGGACAAAUCACUUUAAACGCUCUGGUAGCCCCAGUGAUGUGGCUUUCUGUGGCUUUGCUCAAUGGGACUUUUUACGAAUGUGCCAUGAGUGGCUUGAAAAAUCCUGCCUAUCUACACGCAGUUUGCCACAGCAAAUCGGAAAAGUGCUUCGAAGAGCUACACAAGGUAGCCUGUGACAAAAGCUCCAUGCCCUUUGCAGAGAGUGACGAACUGAAACGAACUCUUCAAGCACAGUCCCAGAUUUUAGGCUGGUGUGUGAUAGUUACCGCAGCUCUCCUCUCCCUGCUAACCACUUGCUGUGCCAGCUGCCAGUCGAAAGUCAGCCACCUUCAGCUGAAGUUCUGGAGGGUGUAUGCGGAGAAGGAGAAGGAGCAACUGGAGCAGAUUUUCGAGCUGUAUGCCACCAAGUUGAGCGAGCGAAACCUGAAGUGCUUUUUUGAGAACAGGGAACCAGAAGCAAUUCCCCUGCCAAGUUUUCAGGCAUGGGAAGAUGCUUCCCGGCUCUACUCCUUCAGCAGUAGCAAAAAGCACUAUAGCACAAUUCACAGGCUAGUUGAAGAAGGUCAGAAAGAAAUCAAUGAGGAGAGAGAGACAAUCCUGGACUCUGUAGACAGAAGGGAAAUACCAUAGAACAAAUAUAUUUCCAGCUUUUUUAUAUCUUGCUAAUGCAGCAUACUUCUAGCUGGUUUCACCUCUGUAUUUUUUCACAAUUGCGUCUUUCUUCCUCAUCAAGUUCCCUCCC